AUGAAGUAAGUGCUUGUAAGUCAAGUUAAAAUGUAUUUUUAGGUUAAAUAUAGGCGGUUUGAAGGUUUAUUUCCCGUAUGAACAUAUCUAUCCAGAGCAGAUCUUGUACAUGGGAGAAAUUAAGAAAUCUCUCGAUGCUAAAGUAAGUUUCAGCUUGUUUUUUACUUUUGUUUGUUGCUUUAGGGCCACUGCUUGUUGGAAAUGCCUUCAGGUACAGGUAAAACGGUUUCCUUGUUGUCUGUUGUGCUCGCUUACAUGACCCAGUUCCCGGAUAAGCUGGAUAAAUUAAUUUAUUGCUCCAGAACAAUCCCGGAAAUUGAAAAAUGUGUGGAAGAACUUCGAAAUUUGUUCAGAUAUUAUAAAUCGGUUAAAGGAGUGAGUUUUGACCCAAUUUUUCAAAGAUCUCAUGGAUAAUAUGUGGUUUUGAAAUUAACUCGAUUUUGGCUUAGAAAGCUCCAGACUUCCUUUGUCUUGCAUUGUCAGCCAGAAAGAACUUGUGUGUCAAGGAACCAGUAGCAGCUUUGAAGAAGGGAUCAGCUGUUGAUGGAGCUUGCCAGAAUCUGACAGCGUCUUUUAUGCGAGCUAAGGCGAAAUUGGAUCCAAACAUGCCGUCUUGCGAGUUCUUUGAGACUUUUGACGAAAAUCGAGAUCUUACAUUACCGAAUGGCGUCUAUAAUCUGGUAUGUUAUCUUUUUUCAAUGUUAUCUUGAAAUUUUAGGCAGAUCUUCGAGAUUAUGGUAGAGAGAAGUGUGUCUGCCCGUACUUUGUUGCCAGACAGGCUGUAAACCGAGCACAGAUUAUCAUCUAUUCCUACCAUUACAUUCUUGAUCCAAAAAUCGCUGAGCUUAUCUCCAAAGAUCUCAGUCCGAAGAGUUGUGUCGUCUUCGAUGAAGCUCACAAUAUUGACAAUGUUUGCAUUGAGUCCAUGAGUGUAACUUUGAGCAGAAAGUUGUUGGAUCGAUGUUCUAAGAAUUUGGACGAGCUUGAGGAGCAUGUUCAGAAAAUUAAGUAGGUUUUUGAUCCAGGUGUUCAUGGACAAUUAAUUUUUUUUUAAUUGUAAUUUUUAGGAAGGAAAACAGGGAAAGGUUAGAUGAGGAAUACGAGAAGCUUGUUAACAAUCUAAAAAGGGUCCACGAAGAGAGAUCGAUGGAGAAUGCCUGGGCGAAUCCUGUUUUGCCUGAUGCGAUUCUUGAUGAAGCGAUCCCUGGAAGUAUUCGAACUGCAGAUUUCUUUUUGGUCUUUUUGAGGAGACUUAUGGAGUAUUUGAGGUAGGAUUUGAUUAUCUUUAGAGGGCGUUUUUUAUUUUAUCAAGUGUAAUAUAUUACUUUAGGCAUCGUAUGAACGCCCGAGCCGUACAACUCGAAAGCCCAGCCGCCUUCCUUCGUGACAUCAAACAGCGAGUCUUAAUCGACCGGAAGCCUCUCAGAUUUUGUGCUGAGCGCUUUGCAACUCUUGUUAGAACCCUUGAAUUAGCCGAUGUCUCUGAACUCUCGGCCCUGGUUAAACUCACAAGUUUUGCGACCCUGGUCUCAACGUAUGCAAGAGGAUUUUCGGUGAUUGUGGAACCCGGAGAUUUGGUGAAUGUGGCCACUGAAGGCCCUCAAAGUGAGGAUCAGAAAAAGAAAAAGAAGAAGGAAACGAAAAGUACCAUUAGGCAAAGGAAGAACAAUAAGACACAGAUGGAUUGUUUUAUUCAUUUGAACUGUAUGGAUGCUUCGGUUGCUAUCAAGCCGGUGCUUGAUAGAUUCCAGACAGUAGUAAUUACAUCUGGGGUACGUUUUGAGGAUAUUGGAAAUGUUCAUGGGGAGUUAUAGGUGUUUUAUUACAUUAAUCAUGAGAGUAUCGAUGUUGAUUGUUAAAAUUUUUAUGAUUUUUGUUACUGCUGUGUUUGCUCUGUAAUCAACUUUUUUUUUCAGACUCUAUCUCCCCUUGAAAUCUAUCCAAAAAUUCUCGAUUUUGACCCUGUUGUAAUGGCAUCCCUGACUAUGACCCUGGCCAGACCGUGCAUAUCCCCAUUGAUUGUCACUCGAGGCAAUGAUCAAGUCGAAAUGACCUCCAGAUUUGAAAGUCGAUCGGAUCCGUCGGUCAUCAGAAAUUAUGGAUCGUUAAUAUUGGAAAUGGCUUCGAUUAUUCCGGAUGGAAUUGUUGUUUUCUUUACUUCUUACACCUUUAUGGAAGAUAUUGUCGCCACUUGGUAUGAACAGGCAAGUCACCUUGGUUGAUUUUUGAUAAAAUUAUAUUGUUUUAGAGGUUCAUUGACGUCCUGCUGAAGAAAAAGUUGUUGUUCAUCGAAACGCGUGAUGCCACCGAGACUUCGAUUGCUUUGCAACGUUAUGUGCAGGCUUGCGAGACUGGAAGAGGGGCUAUAUUGUUCUGUGUGGCCAGAGGAAAAGUCAGCGAGGGAAUUGAUUUUGCUCAUCACCUGGGAAGAGCCGUCAUUAUGGUUGGGAUUCCGUAUCAAUACACUGAAAGUAGAAUCCUCAGAGCGAGAUUGGAGUAUUUGAGAGACCAGUUUGACAUUAAGUAGGUUUUGAAAAUUUUGAAGACAGCUUGCAAAGUCAGGGUUUUGUCGUUUUGAGGAUUAAAUUGAUGUUUCGAAUGUAAUUUUUAUUGUUGUUUUGCAGAGAGAACGACUUCCUGACCUUUGAUGCAAUGCGACACGCCGCACAGUGCGCCGGCCGAGGACUUAGAGGGAAAACGGAUUACGGAUUGAUGAUCUUCGCUGACAAGGUGGGAUAAAUUUCUUUGGGAGGGUGGUAUUGGGAAUUAGAAAGCGAUCUGGCGGAUAUCCGGACCUUUUUUUGGGACAUCAUAUUGCACUAGGCUUCUGGGAAGAAGUAAUGUAAAAUUAACUUUUGUACGGUCUUAGAGAUAUGCCCGACGUGAUAAACGUGAGAAACUCCCCCGUUGGAUCCAAGAGAACAUCAAGGAAUCAGCUGUGAAUAUUACGGUGGAAGAGGCCACUUCAAUCGCUCGGCAAUGGCUCCCCAAAAUGGCUCAACCUUUUACAAUAAACCAUCAGAAAGGAGUGUCGCUGUUGACUCAGGAGAUGCUAAAUGAAGAUGAUGGCAUCAUGGAGAAGUUCAAAUAUGUCAUCCAUGAAGUGGAAUAG